ACGUAUUUUGGCGUCUACAAAACGCUUUUCGAAAUGGGUAUUUGUUGUUUUGCUACAAGGAGCUUAAACUAAGCACUUAGCAAAACAGCAGAGCAGGUUUUGUCAAAAAUGGCUUCUCUUUGUAGUCACCAAGAUUGGUUUCUCCGGAUUUGCGGAGAGAAGUCAAAUUGGGGAUCUCUGUGCCUGCAGAGAAGUUUGAUUGAUCUUCUGAAUCUGCUUUUUCUCAUUACCUACUGUUUGAGUUCAUUAAUAGUAGCUGUAUUCAGAAAACAGCAUAGCAGCAGAAACAGGAACUCAAAUUGGGGAUUUUCUAUAGCCAUUGCUUCUGCGUGUUGCGCGGUAACCGGCAUUGCGUAUAUGAUAAUCGGAUUAUGGGCUUUAUCUAGUGGGGAGCUUAAACCUUGGGAGCGAAUCGAUUGCGUUCUUAGGGGAUUGAUUUGGUUAUUUUUGUUAGUUUCCUUAAACUAUCAGCCCGCCAAAUGGUUGAAAACCUUUGCUCAAUUUUGGUGGAUCUUAUUCUCAGUUCUCAUCUCUGCAUAUAACUUGGAAAUUCUGGUCAACUCUCACAGCCUUCGAGUUCUCGACGCGAUAUCAUGGCCUACAAGCUUGAUUCUACUUUUCUGUGCUAUUAGGCUUAAUAAAAGCGAUGCUUAUCGAGACCCUUCGAACGAUAGCUUAUCUAAACCCCUGCUGAGUGCGCAGAAUGCGAAAAGAACGGAAUUUAGCGAAGCGGGCUUUUUCAGCCGCUUGACAUUUACCUGGAUGAACCCAUUACUAAAAUUAGGCUACUCGAAACCAUUGGAUCUCAAUGACAUCCCUCCUUUGGACAAUGAAGAUGGCGCGUUUCAAGCUUGUGAAGCGUUUUUGAGAGAAUGGGACCUCCAUGUGCAGGAAAAUACAAGCACCGAUAACUUGGUUUUCGUAGUGCUCGCUAAGUGUUACUUGAAGGAAAUUCUUGUAACCGCUUUGUACACAUUGCUGAGGACGCUAUCCUUUGCAGCCUCUCCUAUUUUGCUGUAUUCGUUUGUCUCGUAUUCUUAUCAAGAAAGAAGAGAUCUCUUCUUGGGCAUUUCUCUAGUGGGUUACUUAAUCGUAAUAAAAAUUGUUGAGUCCUUGUCUCAAAGGCAUUGGUUUUUUGGUUCGAGAAGGCUCAGAAUGAAGAUGCGCUCCGCUGUGAUGGCUGCUAUCUUUGAAAAGCAGCUUAAGCUUUCGAGCCAAGGUAGAAAAAGGCAUUCUGCGGGAGAAAUUGUAAAUUACAUUGCAGUUGAUGCCUAUAGACUUGGUGAAUUCCCCUUUUGGCUUCACUUAGCAUGGAGCCAACCACUGCAGCUGCUUUUAGCCGUAAUCUUACUAUUUUGGACGGUCAGUUUAGGAGCGCUUCCGGGUUUGGCCCCUCUCACGAUUUGUGGAAUCAUUAAUAUCCCUUUCGCGAAGAUGCUACAAAAAUACCAGUCAAAAUUCAUGAUCGCGCAAGAUGAGAGACAAAGAGCUACUUCUGAAGUGUUAAACAAUAUGAAGAUCAUCAAGUUACAGUCGUGGGAGGAGAAGUUCAGAAUGGCGAUCGAAGCUCUUCGAGAUGUAGAGAUUAAGUGGCUGAAAGAAACCCAGAUUAAGAAGGCAUAUGGAAGUGCUUUGUUUUGGAUGGCUCCUACAAUUGUUUCAGCCGUGAUUUUUGCUGGAACAGCUGCCAUGAGAAGUGCUUCUUUAGAUGCUAGUACAAUUUUCACAAUUCUAUCAACCUUGAGAGUGAUUUCAGAGCCAAUGAGGAUGAUCCCUGAAGCACUCUCUAUGAUGAUCCAAGUAAAAGUAUCAUUGGACCGUAUCGGUGUUUUUCUCCUUGAGGAAGAGUGUAAGGAUGAGGAUGUUCAAAGAAAUUCAUUGCAUAAUUCUGAUAUUUCUGUUAAUGUUCACAACGGUAUGUUCAGUUGGGAACCUAGCACGAAUAUUCCAACUUUGAGCAACAUAAAUUUGAGUAUAAGAAGCGGAGAGAAGGUUGCAAUUUGUGGCCCUGUAGGUGCUGGAAAAUCAUCAUUGCUAUAUGCUAUUCUUGGGGAGAUACCCAGAAUCUCUGGAUCAGUGGAAAUUUUUGGCUCUAUCGCUUAUGUUUCACAAACAUCUUGGAUCCAAAGCGGCACCAUUCGCGACAACAUACUCUUUGGGAAGCCCAUGAAUGCGGAACUCUACAAAAAGGCCAUUGAAUCUUGUGCUCUAGAUAAGGAUAUUGAGAAUUUUGUUCAUGGAGAUCUUACUGAGAUAGGCCAAAGAGGAUUAAAUAUGAGUGGAGGACAGAAGCAAAGGAUUCAGCUUGCGCGAGCGGUCUACAAUGACGCAGACACCUAUCUCCUAGACGAUCCUUUUAGUGCAGUAGAUGCACAUACUGCGGCAAUCCUAUUUCAUGAUUGCGUCAUGACUGCUCUAGAGAGGAAGACUGUCAUUCUUGUGACCCAUCAAGUCGAGUUUCUUGCUAAAGCUGAUAGAAUUUUGGUCAUGGAAAAUGGACAAGUUACACAAGAAGGAACUUAUGAAGAUCUUCUGAAGUCCGGGACGGCAUUUGAACAGCUUGUCAAUGCUCAUAAAUCUUCGAAAACUACCCUAGAUUCUCAAAAUCAUGAAAAACAACUAGAAAAUCAAGCAUCAUUUAAGGAUCCAUUAAAGCCUGUAAAGCAAAAUAGUGAGGGAGAAAUCACAGUUAAGGGCCUAUCUGCAAUCCAGCUCACGGAAGACGAAAAAAGGGAAACAGGAGAACUUGGAUUGAAACCAUAUAAGGACUAUAUUUCAGUUUCAAAGUGUUCAUUUCUUUUUGGCCUGAUUUUAUUGACACAGUCGCUUUUUGUCCUUCUUCAAUGUCUAGCAACCUAUUGGCUGGCUUUUGCUGUUCAGAUGCACCACUUUGCUAGUGGAAUUGUGGUUGGAGUUUACGCAAUUAUGUCUACAUCUAGUUGCAUUUUUGCUUAUAUUAGGAGCUUGUUAGCAGCUCAUCUUGGAUUAAAGGCCUCAAAAGCAUUCUUUUCGGGAUUCAUGGAUUCAGUGUUUAAGGCUCCCAUGUUGUUCUUCGAUUCAACUCCGACGGGAAGAAUUGUAACCCGGGCAUCUUCAGAUAUGAGUAUUUUGGACUUCGAUAUACCUUACACCCUUGCGUUUGUGAUCUCUGGUGCUAUUGAGAUCACUGGAACUAUAAUAAUCAUGGUCUCAGUUACAUGGCAAGUGCUGUUUGUAGCAAUCCCAGCAAUAAUUCUUAUACUGUAUAUCCAGAGGUAUUACAUAGCGUCGGCAAGGGAGCUAGUAAGAAUCAAUGGAACGACAAAGGCACCUAUUAUGAACUACACAGCAGAAUCAAUGCUUGGGGUGGUUACUAUAAGGGCUUUUGCAAUGACAAAAAGGUUUAUUCAAAACAAUCUGCAGCUUAUUGACACUGAUGCAGCAUUAUUUUUCCAUACAAUUGCUGCAUUGGAGUGGGUUCUUUUAAGAGUUGAAGCACUCCAAAUUCUGAUUAUAAUUACUGCAUCUGUUUUUCUUGUUUUUCUUACUGAGGGAACAACUGCUCCAGGUUUUCUAGGUCUCUGCCUUUCUUAUGCUCUUACACUCUCUUCUGCGCAAGUAUUUCUAACAAGGUUCUACUCGAACCUUGAAAACUAUGUAAUCUCUGUGGAGAGAAUCAAGCAAUAUAUGCAUAUUCCGCCAGAGCCCCCUGCUGUUAUUGUUGAAAGAAGGCCGCCUCCUUCGUGGCCUUUCGAAGGAAGGAUUGAUUUGGAAAAUCUGAAAGUUAAGUAUCGCCCGACUGCUCCAUUCGUUCUCAAAGGAAUCACUUGCACUUUUGUAGCAGGAAACAAGAUUGGAGUGGUCGGAAGGACCGGAAGCGGGAAAACGACUUUAAUAAGUGCUUUAUUUCGUCUUGUGGAUCCGACUGUCGGGAGAAUUCUUAUUGAUAAUCUUGAUAUAUGCACCAUUGGUUUAAAGGAUCUAAGAAUGAAGCUUAGUAUUAUUCCUCAAGAGCCGACUCUUUUCAGAGGGAGCGUGCGCGGUAACUUGGAUCCUCUAGGCCUUCACACAGACCAUGAAAUUUGGGAGGCUCUAGAGAAGUGCCAAUUAAAGAGCACCAUCAGCAGUCUCCCUGCUCUUCUGGAUUCAGCAGUGAGCGACGACGGUGAAAAUUGGAGCGCGGGGCAGCGCCAGCUAUUCUGUCUCGGCCGCGUCCUCCUUAAAAGGAACAAAAUCUUAGUUCUCGAUGAAGCAACUGCAUCGAUCGACUCCGCCACUGAUGCUACACUCCAAAGAGUUAUUAAGCGGGAAUUCUCAAGCUGCACUGUUAUAACCAUAGCUCACAGAGUCCCAACUGUCACAGAUAGUGACUUGGUUAUGGUUCUUUCGUAUGGAAAACUUGUGGAGUAUGAUAAACCAUUGAAGCUACUGGAAUCUAAAAACUCGGCCUUCGCCAAACUUGUCGCAGAGUAUUGGUCGAACUACGAGCAGAACUCUAUGACACACAUAAAGAACAGGUGAACAAAGAUCAGCUGGGGCAAAGUGAAGAAUAUGUUUAGCUUCAGUAGUUGACAAAAAUAUUUAUGUUAUUUAUUGAGAGAUUUGUCUCAUUCAAUUAACAAGAAGUUCAGAAGCAGCUUGUACAACAGGAAAAUAUUCACAUUAGUUAACAAAAAAAAAAAAAAUCAGUGAGAGAGAUGAUCUGAUAUAGAGAUUGUGCUCUCAAUAUUUGGGUUUCACCAGGAAAAAACAUUUCCCUCUUA